AUGCAGAAUAAAACGGUUGUGGUUAGGAGAGAGAGGAGAGCGUUGGCUGUGGCUCCAGACUGCAUGGUGUAUUGCAAGGGGAAAAUGGUCGGAAGUGCUGGCCCCCCACCACCACCGCAUCCAGCCCCCGAAUCAGCCCCCGAUCCAGCCACACUCGAGCGCGUUUCCCCUGAGAUCCAGACUCUACAGCUGGCCUUAUUAAACUGCGAGAGGCGCACGGACCCAAAAAAGAGGCUGAAGGAAGGAGAGGUCAAACAACUGGAAGACAUCAGCUGA